GUUUCGUGGCUGUCCGUUAUUAGUACGCCGCCAGCCGUCGAAGCUGGAUGAUCUUUCGAUCGUACUUCGAACGGUCGAACGCGUUAUUUUUGUUUACGUGACCGGUUUUUGUAUGAAACUCGACUUUGAAUUGAGCGAGCGACGUAUAUUAAUUUAAGUCGUGCGCGUGUAUUGUCUGUGAAAUCGACGACAAACAGCUCGGGGCGAUCGAUCGUUCUUAUAGAAUUUUCGAUCUCAUUUAGUGUCCGAUAACUAUCGAUACGAUUCGAUUUUGCGUUCAAUUCGAUACAAUUCGUUAAACCGUGUUCUAAUACGAGAUGAGUGGAUUUUUGGAGAUUGUUAGAUCGUUCAUUGAUUCCUCGGUAUUAUAGCUUGUCAAUAAACGUCGUGAAAGCGAAUAAACGAAUUCGUAGCUCGCAAUUAGAGGUCAUGUGACGGAGAAAGUGCGAUGUAUUUGGAGAUGUUAUUCGGGGCAUGUUUUUCGGUGGUUCGGACCAGUGAAUUCUACGGGAAUGGUACAAGAGUGACGGAAGUUUGAAAGGCGACAUUUUUGGAAGAGAAAUCGUGUCGCAGUUAGCUGAAUGUAUAAUUUCGUAUACUUAAAAACAUUGGCUCGUUCUCUGAUAAAUUUGCAAAAGUUGCUCGAUUAGGCAACAAGAGUACCAUUCUCGAAGAAGUUAUUGACACGUGCGACCCGAUGUUUCACUCAAACGAGGGGAAAGUAGGAAAGUGAAAAGGCAAAAAAACUAAAGUGCGAACUGCAAUGUGCAAGAAAAAAGGUGAGUGUGCUGCUGUCAGUAAGAAGAACGCAAGAGAAACACGACAACGAUGACGGAAGGCGGACCGAACAUAAGCGACCUGAUGACGAAGAACAAGCAGCGGAAUUGGCGACGAUUGCUGGCCGCUUGCUUGGUCGGCGUGGUCGUGCUCGGCUUAGUCGUCGCGGCGACGAUUCUUCUAACCGGAAGCCCGGAUUCCUCCGGCUCGAGNNCGCCAGCCGCACCUGGUAUUUCUCUUGAAGAAUGGCUGGCGGGCUCGUUAUCUCCGAAGAGCUUCAACGGCACGUGGAUCAGUGGAAACGAGAUACUGUAUCGCGAUGAAGCUGGAAAUCUUCUGAUCUACAAUGUCACAUCGAGGAAGCCGAGGAAAAUCUUAGACUCGAGUAAUAACGCGCUGAUAUCGAGCUUCGAUCAUCAACUCUCAGCCGACCGAAAAUACCUCCUGCUGGCCCUCGACUACCAGAAGCUCUAUCGACACACGUACUUGGCUCACUACAGGAUCGUGAAUCUGCAGACCUUAUCAGAGAGCUCGUUGACUGCAAACGACUCGAUUUCCUUGCAACUAGCAACCUGGGCACCACAAGGCAAUGCACUGGUAUACGUGUACCAGAACAAUAUCUAUUAUAGACCGGAGGCAGAAGUGGCCGUCGACUAUCAAAUCACAGACACCGGGGUCUUCGGAAUUAUUUAUAAUGGAGUACCGGACUGGGUCUACGAAGAGGAGGUGUUCGGCUCGAACAAGGCUUUAUGGUUCUCUCCAAGCGGCAGUAAACUGGCCUUCGGUUACUUCGACGACUCCCAUACACCGAUCAUAACGAUACCGUUUUACGGCUACCCAGGAAGCCUGACGUUCCAGUACACGUCCGCGAUCUCGAUCCAUUAUCCCAAGAGUGGCACGACCAAUCCCACGGUGAAGCUGUUUUACGUCGACUUAGAAAAGGUGGUCCAAGGUAACGUGAGCUUAACUGAAAUCGAACAUCCAGACGAGUUAGCCUCCGAGGAACGGAUUCUAUCUGCCGUUGCUUUUCCUACGGACAAUCUCGUGUACGCGACCUGGAUGAACAGGGUGCAGAACGAGGCGUACUUCCGUUUCUGUUCCGUACACGAUUCACUGCCAAAUUGCACCACCGCGCUGAAGCACUCGGAGAGGCAUGGAUGGGUCGAGCAGUUCGAACCACCGAUGUUCACCGAUGAUGGCGAUUCGUUCCUUACGAUUCUGCCACAGAAGCAACACGAUGCAAGUUACUGGAGGCAUGCAGUCGCAAUUACCAACGUUUCCUCUGGCAAGACGAGGAGCUUCGCUCUAACUUCCGGCCGGUUCGUCGUCACGGAGAUAGUUUCCUGGGACCAGAAGAACUCUUACCUCUACUACUUGGCAACGACGGAAGAGGAGUCGGCGGUGCAACAUUUGUACAGGAUAUCCACGAAGACCGAUGGAGGGCGGAAACCAAAAUGUUUAAGCUGUGGCAUCGUACGGGAAACCGAUAGGAACCGGUGCCUCUACAAUACCGCGAAAUUUUCCACGGAUCAUUCGCAUUACGUGCUCACUUGCGCUGGACCUGGAGUGCCUGACAUCGCCAUUUACAACAAGGAUUCUUCGAAGUUGCUGGCAUGGGAGGAGAACGAGGCGGUUUCCGAGAUUAUCGCGGAGAAAUCGCAACCGGUGGUGCGCCGUUACAAGGUGCCGGUUCCCGGAGGAUUUGAGGCCCGUGUCAGACUACUGAUUCCACCAAAUGCUGAUUUGUCGGGCGCCACCAAAUAUCCCAUGCUGAUUUUCGUAUACGGAGGUCCAGAUUCGUAUCAAGUCACGGAGAAGUUCAAUGUCGAUUGGGGCACGUACCUUGUAACGAACAAGAGUAUCAUCUAUGCAACGAUCGACGGCCGUGGUUCCGGUCUAAUGGACAACGGCAUGCUGUUCGCUGGAUAUCGAAACUUGGGAACCGUCGAGAUCGCUGAUCAAAUCAACGUAACCAGGUACUUGCAAGACACGUUACCGUUCAUCGACCGUACCAGGACGGCGAUAUGGGGCUGGAGUUAUGGUGGAUACGCGACGGGCAUGACGCUCGCCAUGGAUUAUCAUGGUGUCUUCAAGUGCGGCAUGUCCGUGGCACCUGUAACAGAUUGGGCUCUUUACGAUUCGAUAUACACGGAACGGUUCAUGGGCUUACCCUCGGACAAUCUGCAUGGCUACGAGCAAGGUCAACUGCUGAACAAAGUGGAUAAUAUUAAAACGAAGAUGUAUUACUUGAUCCAUGGCACAUUGGACGAUAACGUGCACUACCAGCAGUCACUGUUACUCGCCAAGGUUCUCGAGCAGAAGGAUAUCCUGUUCAGGCAACAGACUUACACGGACGAAGACCACGGGAUCGCUCAGUCACGAGCUCAUCUUUAUCAUUCAUUGGAAAACUUCUUGGACGAAUGUUACGAAGCCUCAUGAUUGCAGCGUCGAGAAGAAACGACAAUCUAGAUCCUUUACGUCACCUGCCUCACAUUCCACUUGUAAAUACCUUGCCACUUGUACAUACUCGAUGUACAAUAUGUAAUAUGAAGCGUUAGUGUAAAUAAUUGAAAAUGAAAAAUCAUGAAAUACAUUCGAUUCAAACGAAAUUGCAGGCUGAAGGACGGUUCUAUACAACUUCCAUUUCGUGGCUAAUAACGAAGGAAUUUUGCCACGUAUUCGAAAUCAAAUAUAGUCGCCAAUAUAGACAUUAAUUAGUAUAUUUGCAAAUUGUUUGAAUCGAGUGUGACCAUUGAUUGUUGAGAAAUUUACAAUCGACCCGAAGAAUUUUUUUAAUCUAUUUUUUUGGAGAGACUAUUUCGAUCGUCGAAGGCCUAAUGGACUCGAGAAUAAAUUUAUAGCCCCUUACGGAUAAAUAAACUAACGUAUGAACUAACCAACGCUGCAUCUUGUGAAACAUUCUUGUGGAAGUAAGUUUCGUGGAACGAACCGGAUGCAACGCGUCGCAUAAUCGCCGAUCACUUUGGAAUUUCGAGAGUAAAACGAGUGUUUUUCUGUGAGAUAUAUUAUAUUGUUAACGAACAGAUGUUAUUAAAUAUUAUAUAGCGAGACGAGAAUUCGUACGUUUAAUUACGAAUUUCUAAAACAUGUUCCUGUUUCGUUUCGAGCAUUAUAUGCGAGGCAAGUGAGAGUCGUAUGUGAAAAGAAGUAUAAUCGUACUCUCUGAGGGGUAUUAAUGGAAGAGAAGAAUGAAUAUCUGAUUUAGAUAUGUUUCUUUCUGAAAGGAAGAAUGUUAAAAAAAAGAUAUGUAUUCCAUGAUAUACCUUUGACGAUAUUUAAUCCUUUUUAUUCCUUUUCUUUUUUGUAGCUUAGGAACUUUUGGUGAUGGUACAUAAUUUGUUUCGUAUUUUUUUCUAUAUUUUGCUUUUUACGUGUCUAUUAACAAUUUCAAGUUGCUAAUAUUAUAUAUGUUUUAUGUUCGACCAUAAUUAUAUUGCUUUAUAUUUAACAUAUAGCUUUAUAACGAUAAGAAUACGUAACUAAACGUAAUUGAACAAGAUUAUUUAAACGUAAAGAUAAAUUCUUUCCUGUUGAUUUUAUCAAUGUUAGGAUAAAGAAGCCUUUCCGACACUAUUCAUAGUGUAAGACUUCAAUCGUGUAUAUAAUUAAGUUGCUGGACUGGUUGUUAAAAUUUCCUCGAUAUACGAUAGCGCGCAUCUAUUUCUCUUUACUACUAAAGAAAAUAUAAAACAUUAUUGUGACUAAUAGUUAAUACUUAAAUCUAUCCCGUAGUGUAAGCGACGUACUAACAGACUUUAAAAAAAAUACCAGGAUUUUAUAAUGAAAAGGACCACUGUAAUGGUUUCGAAGACAGAUUAAUAGGAACUUCCUAAAACUAAUUGUUAACUUUUAUUCCAAUGUAUUGUACAAAAUAUUUAAUCGAAUAUAUACCAUUAAAAGAUACAUUAUUACGAAAUUUCCAACCAUGCGUAAUUAGGGGAAAAAUAUAAUGAUAAUUCAGCGUUAUUAUGAAAAUUAUUAUGUAAUUUCUCUCCUUACUAUUAUUAUGAGUCCGAUUCAUUGAUAUUUGUUGAGUGCAUCAUAAAUAAAGCUCUAUGUUUUAUUAA